UCACCCAGCUCCACACCACACAGCCAUUACCUGAACCACUUAUCAAAAUGCCAGCAGAACCAGCCAAGGCCGGUAAGAAGGGCUCCAAGAAAGCCGUCAUCAAGGCCAGCAAGCCUAAAAAGGGAAGACGUAAGACCAGGAGGGAGAGCUACUCCAUCUACGUGUACAAGGUACUCAAACAGGUCCACCCCGACACCGGAAUCUCAUCCAAGGCUAUGAGCAUCAUGAAUUCCUUCGUCACCGACAUCUUUGAGCGCAUCGCCGGCGAGGCUUCACGUCUGGCGCUCUACAACAAGCGCUCCACCAUCUCCUCCAGGGAGAUCCAGACAGCUGUCCGCCUGCUCCUCCCCGGAGAGCUGGCUAAACACGCUGUGUCUGAGGGAACCAAGGCUGUGACCAAGUACACCAGCUCCAAGUAAAUUGCUUGUAAUUAUCACAAGCUCAUCCAACGGUCCUUUUCAGGGCCAACACAAACUUCUAACGAGUCCUUCAUUCAUGCUAGUUCUGCUAGAUUUACAUUUUUUUUACCUACA